CCAACCUUCACGUCCAAGUAUAUAAUAAAUGCCCACCACCUCAAAUGCUACAUAAAUCUUGCCUUCCAACAAGCUCUAAGCAUCUCUAUUGUUUUGGAGUGUUGCUUUGCAUUUCAGAGAUGAAUUAUGACCCCAAAUUAUAUGCCUAUCCCUAUCCUGCUCAAGGUGCUUAUCAAGGACCUCCUGUGAUGGCUCCUCCUCAGUAUGCCGCGGUUCCAGCACCACCUCCAAGACAAACGGGUUUUCUUGAGGGAUGCCUUGCAGCUUUGUGUUGCUGUUGCCUCUUGGAUGAGUGUUGCUGCGACCCCUCCAUUAUAUUUAUCCCCUAAAACUAUUGCUGUACUUGAUACACAGAAAAUGAGGAGUUCUUUGUAUUCCUUAAAGAUGUAGUCGAAUUAUACAUGUACACAUUCUGGUCAUCUUCAAUAUCCUUGAUGUUUUCCAUCUGAUUUUUUUUUUUUUUUUUUUGUUUUGUUCUUCUUUCAUUGUGAUGGCACUUCUGCUACAAAUGUUUCCAAGAGUACACUUUAUAGGUGAACUGAUCCAAGU